AUGACGUCCUCCGACAGCUUCGCACCUUUCAGGUUCCUCCGCACGGGAGCCAUCAUCCAGUCUUGGCGCGUCGGCGGUCUCAACAUCGUGCUCGGCUUUCCCACAGAAGACGUCUACGAGACACACAACGAGUUUUAUUUUGGCGCCACCCUGGGUCGCGUUGCCAACCGUAUCAAGGGCGCCAUGCUCACCAAUUUGAAUGGAGCCCAGACAUACUCGCUCCCUGAGAACGAGGGGCCAAACAUUCUCCACGGGGGCAACAAAAGCUGGGGGAAGCGCAAGUGGGAUGGGCCUAACAGAGUCGAGGUGAGGAAGAUUGAAGGCCUCUUCGACGUCAAGGGGGAACAAAGUCUGCAGUUCUCCCUCCUGAGCGAGGACGGGGACGAAGGCUUCCCCGGGUCGGUGGACGCGCGCGUCACGUAUACGGCCGGCUGGCAAACAACCGAACGUGGUGAGCAGGUGAGCGUGCUUCAACUAGAGUACGAGGCCGAGCUUGCUGGGGAUGCUGAAGAAACAGUUAUAAACAUGACAAAUCAUUCUUACUUCAACCUUACGGGGGCGUCCACCAUCACCGGAACCCAAGUUACGCUAUGCAGCGCCCAGCACCUCCCUAAAGACGCAGAGAACAUCCCCGUUUCAGGCCCGGAGCCCUUCCCCGCCAUCAAAGCAAACGAGGCGUUUAUUCUUUCCGACACGGCGCCAGUUGUUGACCACUGCUUCGUUAUCAACGAAGCUCCUGAGACGAUCCCCUUGGACACGCGCUGCUUACCUCUACAAAACAUGGCGCAGACCUACCACCCGGAGUCGGGCAUCCACGUAGAAGUCUGGGGCACGGAUCCGGCGUUCCAGUUCUACACCGGAGAGAACACCAACGUCCCCGCAGUGGCGGGCAUGGGGGCAAGAGGUCCGCGGAGCGCGUUUUGCGUAGAACCAUCGCGCUAUGUUAAUGCGCCGGAGGUGGAUGAGUGGAGGGGAAUGGUUCUCAUGAAGAAAGGACAGCGGUAUGGGAGCCGCAUCGUUUACCGGGGCUGGGUGGAUAAGGAUGGUCGCCAAACCUAG